UCAUUUCAUUUUUUGUGCGUAUGCUUACGCUUUUAGCUUGUUUUCUUCUGGGAUUCUGAAGCACUUCCGUGUUUGUUGUUAUUUUUGUUGAACUGUAAACAUUUUCACUUUUCAAAACUUUCAGCUCGUGCAAAUAAGAUGGGUUUCGUAUGCAUUUAUUCUGCAUGUAAGCGCAGUGCUGGUGCAUAUACUCAAGUGCAAACUUGUGCCAUCAUUCAUUUCAUAGUUUACUUCCGUAGUUAAUUUUCAAGUGGUUUAAGCCCAAAUUUCUAGUUCAGUUCCAACCGAAGAAAAAAUGAAACAUUUCUCAAUUGUUUGGUAUUUGAUUGUAUGUUCAUCUGCUUGGAAUUUGGCUACAUACGAUGAUACUGGCCUGCACUUCAUCACCAAUAACAAUGAUUACGACAUUGUACAUGUGUCUUUGUUUUAUGUUCGCUCAUUUUUGACCAUUCGCAGUCGUGGAAACUCAACAGAUCAUCAAAUAACAAUAAUCGAAUCAACGUGGCCAGAAAAUCUGCUGCCGAUUCAAUCGCGAGUAUUCCCGAACGAUUUAUCAUAUGCAAAAACGCAAUCAAAUUGUAACGGCAUUGUGAAAACCAUGCAAACAGCCGUCGAUCGGAAAAAUGGUCUAUUGUGGUUAUUGGACAAUGGCUCGAAGUAUUGCAUACCAAAACUGAUUGUGUUUGAUUUGCUACGGGGUAAUAAUGAGGUUCAUCGAUACGUAUUCAAGAGGUUGAAAUGCGAUUCACUGAAAUCCAUACAGUUGUACGCAAAGGAAGGCAUCGAAUAUGCUUUAAUUUUGCUUCAUCGAUCCAGAUUCCUCAUUCAAUACUCCAUGUCAAGUAUUCGCCCGAAAAAAUUGACUUUGAUCAUUCCGACCAGAAACGGUGGUGCUUAUGACGUGUUGAUACCAGCAGAAAUUACGAUGAAAGGUGACGAUGAGCUGGUGAUCAGCGAUUAUUCGAAUGGCCUAUGGUUUGCAAAUUUGAACAAAAUCAAACACAAUAUUCGAAAUAAGGAUAUUGAACUAUUUGUCGAAGUGAAAUAUUUGGGCUCAUUGCUGGGCAAUGCCAAGGCACUCACUGUUCCGCCCGUUUUUGAUGAUGAAACCAACCAAUAUCUGUAUUAUUAUCUGCCACGCGACGGUGCUGUGUUAAGAUGGAACUUCCGAUUCCCAUUGCAAGCAGAAGGGCAUGAAGUGCUGUAUUUUGCAAAAUCAUCGAUUGUUCAAAUUGUAUUCGGUGCAAAGGGCUCAGUUUGGAUAGUAUACGAGCACGCAGAUGAAUUGGGCGAUCAUUGUCGGCGCAUUUUGAAUUUCUUGCCAUUCAAUGGAUCUCGACUUCUUCUUUCAUAAGCUCCCAGCAAAAUAAUAACAAUAACCGUGAUAACAUUUCAUUGAAGUUGAAGAAUUAAACGCAAAAUAAAAAGAGUACUGUUUACUUUUAUUUCUUGAAGAUAAA